AUGUCAGCACCAUUUGAAAUUAGCAAUGGAUUAAGUAUUAGAUUAAAAUCAAAAAAGGGAUAUCUAGCAGUUAUUAAUGGUCAAUUGGCAAGUAAUGGUAGUGCAAAUAAAACAUCAGAAUGGAUAGUUACCAAUGUUGGUGGAUCGAUUUAUACUUUAAAGAAUGGAGAUGAUCAAUAUUUGGGUAUUAGUGCACAGUUGGAAUCGAUUUGUGAUGCCGAUACAGAGAGUACUGCUAGAUUAGAGUUUGUUUGGUUGCCAAGUGGUCGGUUAUGCAUGAUGUCUGACUCGUUUAGAAACCAAAAGAAUCGUACGGGGAAUGUCGGUCCACACGUCGGAGUCGAUCCAAAGGGUGAUAUGAUUGGUAAUGCAGGUCGUGGUGAAUGGGGUCAAUUCGAAGCUGUAAAGAGUGAAUCGACUGUUUCUGCCGCUGCUGCUGCAGUAAAGAAACCUGCUGCUGCUGCUGCACCUGCAAAAGGUGCAUCUAAUCAACUUGGUCAAUCAGCUGUAUUGUCGGCACCAGGUAGCUCGGCAUUACAAUUAUUAGCCAACUUUACCAAACACCGUGAAAUGUUUGGUACUGGUAACUAUGUAAUUGAACAAAAACCAACUAAAAAGGUGAAAGCUUGCUUGACAGUCGACUUGAAGCUACCCAACCUAAAAGUCACGAGAUGGAGUAUCGUCGCACCCGCUCCACCCUCACCUUUGCAAACACAAAACAUUACAGGUGCAUCACUCAAGGUGUAUGAUGUGACUGGCACCAAGUUGCUGAGUGGCGGAGACAUGAUCCAGGGUACCAACGGUCACUACAUGUUUAGAUGUUUGGCACGCGGUGCUCCACACCAAGUCCAAAUCAAAUACGAGAUUGAAGCUCAAUUGUACAGCAUUGCACUCAAGCAAGCUGGACCAGGUGACUUUGUACCCAUGACUAUCCCACUGUCUGGCGAGCAACGUGCAUACCAUCUCAAACCAACCACACUCAUGAACUUUAACGACACAGGGUUUGGUCAAUGGGUACACUCUAACCAAUUACAUCCAAUGCUCAUGUCGGACGGUUCAGUCGAGUCUGCACUAUGCUAUGCGUACCGUGUAUUCCUCUUUAUCAAGAUACACUUUUCCUAUGUCUUUGCUAAAGAUGUCAAAGGCACUAGAAAGGCGUCCGAGACUAUUGGCUACCGCUUCACUGAUUGCGGUGGUUUCUCUAUUCUCUUUGGUGCCAUUUUAAGAAUGCACGGUAUUCCAAGCAGAUUGUUGUUUGGUCGUUGGGCAAAUACACCAAAAGAAGGUCAAAACGUUCACGUUGUUGGAGAGUUUUAUGCCGACGGUGUUGGAUGGAUCCCAUUCGACUCUGCUUCUUCCAUUACAGGUGACAAUCAAGAACCAUACACCAAAUUCUUUGGCAAGGGUAAUGGUAACCUUAUCGCCAUGCAUUUGGAUCAUAAUAUCGCUGGUAUCGAUACUGUUAUUGACGGAUCCAAACAAAUCGAAUUCUGUCAAGGAAUUGCUUUCUGGGCAGAUGGUGAAGGUAAUUUUAAUAAUCAAUCUCUUGAUCAAAAAUGGGUUGUUAAUCCAAUUGAAAAUUAA